AUGAAAGUAAAAACGAAAGUUCUUAUCUUCUGUGGAUUACUUGUUAUAUUUAGUGCUCUAUCUAUUGGUAUAUACAUUGUUACUUGGAAAUCAACGAUCAGAAAGACUAGUACUAUACUUACGGGUAAGCUACCAGCUAAAGCUAACAAGCGGAAUGAAAACGCGAUAUCUAAUAACACGUAUUCAAAAACACAUGCUAUGUUGUACAGUGAGUUAGAGAAUGCAGGAUUCUUUGAUUCUUGGCAUAGAGAUAGAGAAACUGUGAUUCCUUUGCCAGACACACUUAAAGCCGUUGGUCCGUCUCAGGAGGGCAAUAAUUCGAGUUCCGCUAAUAGCCAUGCUAAUAGCCAAACUAUAGAUGAUCGUGAUGAUAUGCCGGGUAACUCCAGUACGUUGUCUGAUGAGAAAGUAGAUCAGUUAGAGAAUAAGAGUGAGAAUGAGAAUGAGAAUGAGAAUGUAAGUGAGAGUGGAAGUGGUAGUGGAAGUGGAAGUGGAAGUGGUAGUGGAAGUGGAAGUGGUAGUGGAAGUGGAAGUGGAAGUGGGAGUGGUAGUGGAAGUGGAAGUGGGAGUAUGGAAAGUGAAUUUAGGAGUAUGGAGAGUGAUUUUGUGAGUGCAGAGAAUGGGCUUAAUGAUCCAAUAGAAGAAAUAUCUACUGGGGUAUUUGAAAAGAACGAGAUGCCUGCUUAUGCUAAUAGUGAUUACCUUGCCUAUCAUGAAUUGUCAAUAUUCGGUAAAAGUCGGCUGGUCUGCACGGACGCUCUAACUGUUUCUAAACUCGUUGCAACUAGCUUGGCUGAUGUCGCCUAUGAUCAUUUAUAUAAACCCAUUACUGACCCAAUUAUUGAUGCCGCGACUUCUUGUGCACAAGUUAUAACUCCACCCAUUGCUAAUACUUAUGCUGUCUGUAAAGAUGCCGCAACUUCUUGUGCACAAGUCAUAACUCCACCUAUUGCUAAGGGCUAUGCUGUCUGUGAAGAGGCAGCAACUUCUUAUGCACAAGCCAUAACUUCAUCUAUUAGUGAUAAGUUUACCGAUUGGAAGGAUGCUACAACGUCGUAUGUGAAAGAAACAGCUGCUCCUAUAGCUGAUGCUUAUGUGGGCUAUGUAGAUGCUGUAGUUGCUGCUAAAGUAAGCAUAAUAUCUCUCAAGGAUAGAACAGUUACUCUAGUCACUGUUAGUUUCAAAACUUGUAAAGAUACAGUAACUUCUGGUGCACAAGCUGUAAUGACUCCUAUUGACAAAGGUUAUACUGCCUGCAAAUCCAAGGUCAUUGCCGCCAAGAAUAUUAUAUCCCCAUCCAUUGACAAAGGCUUAGCCAUCUGUAAAAGAGCAGCCAAGACUUGCAAGAACAAAGCCAUUGCCACCAAGGAUAUUAUAUCCCCGCCCAUUGUCAAAAGCUUAACCGCAUGUAAGAACAAAGCCAUUGCCGCCAAGGAUAUUAUAUGCGGCCCGCCCAUCUACAUCACCCAGGCCAUCUACAGCUACCCCUACAAACUAGUCGCCAAGGGCCUAUUCAACUAUAACAUCACCUACCUCAAGAAAACCCUCGCUCUUAUCACUAAUCCACCUACUACUCCACCUACUAAUCCAACCAUCCCUCCACAACCAAACCCCACCCCAGACAAUAUAUCCAAUCCUAACAUUACAUCCAAUCCCGACCCAAUUACAUCCAACCCCCCAAUACAACAACAAGAGUCAGUACAACAAGAAUCAGUACAACAAGAAUCAGUACAAGAAGAACUAGUACAACAGGAAUCAGUACAACAAGAACCAGUACAAGAACCAAUACAGAAACCAGUACAAAAACCAAUACUAACCCAACUAGUAAGCCUACCCAAACCCAAUCCUGGCAACUCCUCUACUCAACCCAACAUUCCUACUGCCUUCCCCUUAUCAGCUUAA